UCUAUAUCUACCUUUAUCACCCUGAAAGCCCUUUACUAAGCAUUCCUGCGAAGCUAAGUGUAGAUCGUUUCCCGGAAAACAUACACCAGACCAACACUGUAUCCAAUGUACCUAUCUUAGAUCGCUUAUCACAUCUGAUGUCAGUUUAAAAGCAACUAUCCUAUUGCCUUAUCUCCACACUAGUAGUUUACGUGUCGAUACGAUCGUGCAGCGAAAACCUUCUCUUCCCGCAAUGACUCUUCAACAAGUCCUGGUCACUGCAUUGCUGGUUGCUGCUGCUCUUUGGAGUGUACCUGCCGAAGGAGUGGAUUUUAACAAACUGUGUCAGGGUGUCCGGUUUGGCACCUUUGCACAUCCCGACGAUUGCCGACAGUACGUAAUGUGCGUUCUCUGGAACCCGGUUGUGCUAUCCUGUCCCGGCGGGUACGUUUUCCAACCGGAGGUACAGUUUUGUGUUCAAGAAUCGCAGUACCAGUGCAAUACUGAGGUAACAUCCGGUCCAGAGGAGACAACUACUACCUCCACUACACCGGAACCAACCACUUCCGUGCCCGAGUGUGUGCACCGUCCAUCGUGGGAAUCAUUCUUCUGUGAUAAUGCACGUCGUGCGCUCGUGGCAAACCCGAUGAACUGUACACAGUACAUCCGCUGUCAGCUGGAGGUCCCGGCGAAUCAACAUUGCCCUGCCGGCACUGUCUUCAACGACCUCUAUCAGGACUGUUUUCCUAGAGAGCACGAGACGUGCACGUUGGCUAGCGUUCGGGAGGAUUUCUGUGUCAGCCGUGCCGACGGUAGCUAUGCCCAUCCGUUCCUGUGCAAUCGCUUCGUCACGUGCGUCCAGCAGCAGCUACGGCUCGAAUCGUGCCCACCGUUCUUCGUGUUCAGCCCAACGGUAGCGCACUGUGUGAAGGGAAGUGCCGUCGACUGCUCGAGUCUGUUGAAUCAGUGAUAAGUUAGCGUAUUUAAAAUAAAGUGCACGCGUUCGAUGGCAUGUGCUGUCGCAGAGAAUG